UUCCACAUGACUUCUUCACUCGUUCUGCUCUGUUCUUGUUCUGGUGGUGUUGAAUCAGCUCUCGUGUUUUGAAACCGACAAGGGUAGCUGCUGGGACUCUCUUCCUGGGUGGACUUUGUUUCUGGGCUGCGAUAGCCAGGUACUUUCUCUAGAAGGUGAAGAGCAGAGGGAGCCUCUGGGAGUUGCACCCCAGCUAUUGGGGAAUCGGAGGAUGGGAAUCGGAGGCUUUUCUGCUUAGUUGGUGUCCCCUAAACUGGUGGUGGUUCUUCUCUCUGCGCCUCCAAAGCCUCUCUCUCCCUUCUUCCUGCUCUUGCAAUAACUUGCCCUUCUCCAAACAGACGCUCCCUGCAGUUCCUCUUCUACUCCACACUGAAUCACAUUCUCUCCCAGAAUUGCUAAAGUACACCAGUUCUUUUCUGUAUGGCUGAGGCUCUGCAGUUGGCAGCAGUACAAGCUGGCUGCAUCAUCAGUGUUUCCUACUCGCACCAGGUCACCCCCGAGACACUCAGACCCCUGCCCCAAGGGCCUUGGAGUGGCAGUGGAGUCAUCUUGACCCAGAAUCCAGGCAUUGUCCUUUGCCAUGGUGCCAUCUUCUCCCCUUUUCUCCUGGGAGCUGAGCACCAAGACUGGGCCCAGUGCAGAGUCCUGCUGCCUGACAGCUUCUCCCCAGACAUCCAAAUCCAGGUGCUUGUGUCAGGUGAAUGCAGCAGCAAAGCCAAUGGCAGGAAUUGGCUAAGUGGGGACUUGGGGGACAAAGUUCUGGAAUUGAGAUUCAGCCCACUUUCCAAUCGGCAUGAGACACCCAGUGGUCCGAAGCGCUGUGAGGCUGAGCUCAUUAUGAUGGUACCCUGUCCACACUUCCAGGAUGCUUUCUCCAAAGUCUUCAGUGCCUCCGAUCUGUGGCAUUUUGGGGGAAAUGAAGUUGAACAAGAGUCUAGCUCACUUGCAGAUGACUUGCGUUUCCUGCAUUGGUUUGCCCUGCUGAGAAUCCUGGAUUGUGACUUCCGUGGUGCGGGUUGGGUGAGCUGUGUGCCAGGCAAAUCACUGAGGAAGGGGGACCCACUCUUUACUUGUGGCUCUCCUUUUGGAUCCUUUUGCCCAGACAUUUUCAUGAACACCCUCAGCAAAGGGAUCGUGAGCAACAUGGCUGGAGACUGCAACACCAUAAUCCUGACUGAUGCUCGAUGCUUGCCUGGCACUGAAGGUGGAGGAGUCUUUGCGGUAUCGGGAACUGGUCUCCACCUAGCUGGGAUCAUUGUAGCUCCACUUUGCUGGAAAUCCAAUGAGUGGGUUGGCUUAACUCUGGUUUGUGCUAUUGACUGUAUCCUUGAGAGUAUUGGGAGUGUCCUCACAGGGCCUCACCAAUUUCUUAAGGGUUGGCUGAACCCCAGGCAACUUAUGAGUAAGGUUCAUGGGAAGAUGGUAGCCGAAAAUGGACCUGAUCAGCAAAUGCUGGCUGCUGUGGUUCUGUUGGAAUGUGGACCAACCUGGGGAUCUGGUGUGAUGGUGAAUUCAAAGCUUGUGUUGACCUGUCGACAUGUGGUCUAUGGAGCAUCAAGUGUAUAUAUAAGAUUACAGCCCAGUCCUGAAAAGACUUCUUCCAUUAAAGGAAAAGUGGUGUUUUCUACCAAGGAGUCUUCUCCCUAUGAUGUAGCUCUGGUGGAAUUGGAGGAGGACAUACCCACUUCAGUAGAGCCUGUUUGGGCAUCCAAGUUCUAUGCUGGAGAAGAUGUGAGCAUUGUCAGCUUUGGUGCCUUGGGCCAGGCUUGUGGUCCGUCCAUCACAUCGGGGAUCUUGUCGGCAGUGAUCACUGUGAGAGACAAGCCUGUGAUGCUUCAGGCAACCUGUGCAGUCCAUGGUGGCUCUAGUGGAGGAGCCCUCUUUGCCACACACAGCAGGCAACUCCUUGGCAUCGUUGCCAGCAACACAAGGGACCACAGCAUAGGAGCAACUUACCCCCACCUGAAUUUCAGCAUCCCCAUUACUGUCCUGCAGCCAGCCCUCCUGGACUACGCCCACACCAGAAACCUGGGCCGCUUCAGGGAACUAGACCGGGUGGAUCACAGGAUUCAAGUUGUCUGGAGGCUCCAAAGAGAACCGGUGGAGGGACUACUCAGCAAGCUCUGAGGCUCUUCCGCACAGAGAAGAGGGAGUCGAGCUUGUGCAGGACCCAGAUGAGCCAGAGGAGGCUUGUCUUCUGAGUAGGUCGGGUGCAGCGGAGAGAGUGUGGACUAGGAAUGGGGAGACCCAGGUUCAAAUUUCAACCUGUCUCACGGGGUUCUGGCUCCUUGGAAGAAAAGAGGGAUAUAAAUAUUUUUUUAAAUUAAAAAUAAAAUAAAUGAUGGCAGGAGUAA